CACUUCCCGUGACGCAGAGAAACGCGGUAAAACGAUAUUCCGGUUUGCAGAAGGAGGACAGCAGCAUGGCAUCCGACAGCAGCAGCACCAUGGCUAACGUGAACGGACGAGAGACCGUCUCCUUGAACGGGGAGCCGGUCGUGAAGCGGCCUCGGGAGAGCGCCUCGCAGGAGUGUCCUCUCCGCGUGCCGAAGGAGCCUCAGAACAAAGUGACCGUUGUUCUCGGGGCUCAGUGGGGCGACGAGGGCAAAGGAAAAGUUGUGGACUUGCUGGCAAUGGAUGCGGAUAUUGUCUGCAGGUGUCAGGGAGGAAACAAUGCAGGUCACACUGUGGUUGUGGAUAAAGUGGAGUAUGAUUUCCACCUGCUGCCCAGCGGAGUGCUCAACAAGAAGGCUCUCUCUUUCAUUGGCAAUGGGGUGGUGAUACAUCUGCCAGGUCUGUUUGAGGAGGCUGAGAAGAACCUGCAGAAAGGCAAAGGAUUACAAGGUUGGGAGGACAGAUUAAAGAUUUCUGACCGAGCCCACAUUGUGUUCAACUUCCACCAGGCUGUAGACGGCAUCCAGGAGCAGCAGCGACAGCAACAAGAAGGGAAAAAUUUGGGAACCACCAAGAAGGGUAUCGGUCCUGCCUACUCCUCCAAAGCUGCACGGAAUGGCCUGCGAGUUUGUGACCUCGUCUCUGACUUCAAAGUUUUUGAAGAGAAGUUCCGCAUGUUGGCAGAACAUUUCCUGACGAUGUACCCAAACCUGAAUGUCGACAUCAACAGUGAGCUGGAGCAGCUGAAGAGCUAUGCAGAGCGGCUUCGUCCUCUGGUCACUGAUGGGGUGUACUUCAUGCACAAAGCUCUAACUGGACCCACUAAGAAAAUCCUGGUGGAGGGAGCCAACGCUGCUCUGCUGGAUAUUGACUUUGGGACGUAUCCCUUCGUCACGUCUUCCAACUGCACUGUGGGAGGAGUGUGCACCGGUCUAGGAGUGCCUCCAUCACAUGUUGGCAGAGUAUACGGUGUUGUCAAAGCUUACACCACCCGGGUGGGCGUUGGUGCUUUCCCAACAGAGCAGAAUAACGAGACUGGAGAUUUGUUACAGUCCAGGGGGAGAGAGUUCGGCGUGACGACGGGCAGGAGGAGGCGCUGCGGUUGGCUCGACCUGAUUUUGGUCAGAUACGCCCACAUGGUCAACGGCUUCUCAGCAAUUGCCCUGACAAAGCUCGACAUUCUGGACACACUGAAGGAGAUCAAAGUGGGCGUGGCCUAUAAGGUUGAUGGAAAACCUCUGCCAAGUUUCCCUGCAAACAUGGACGUUUUGACACGGGUGUCCGUGGAUUACGAGACGUUGCCCGGCUGGUGCUGCAGCACAGAGGCUGCCAGGAGCUUCGAGGAUCUGCCGUCACAGGCCCAGAGUUACAUUCGCUUCAUUGAGAAUUUCCUGCAGGUGCCAGUGAAGUGGGUCGGAGUCGGAAAGUCCAGAGAGAGCAUGAUCAAACUGUUUUGAUCUCACUGCGGACCUAUUGUCAUCCUGAACCAUGGCUCAUAUUAUAAUUUCAGGUUUUUGUAGGAUUACCAGAGAAAUUUAAAAUGCAAUCUCUAUCCUAAAGGAAAUACUUCACCAGCAAGGCUACUUGGGAAACAUUUAGUUGCUGCUUGUGCUCUACAUUCACAGGAAAUCUUCUUAGAUAUAAUUUAUGCAUUCCACAUAAUGUUUUCUAUAUUUAUUAGGAUGUUAAUUUUUAAACCUGGUGCAAAGAGAUCAAUAAUUUUGUAUUCCAUUCCAUCAUACAGCAGUUUGUUAUUUAGCAUUUAAGGCUAAUUCACCUUAAUCUCAUUUCAUUAUUUUAGCGUCUUUUCUUCUUUCUUUUUUUUUUUUAUUACAUAUAUUUGAGGAGCCAUUGAUGAACAGAGUUAGGUCACAAUAAAGAAGAUAAUUAUUUUCAGGCUUCAAGAGGAGAUAGAAAAAAGGUCAAAAGCCGUCAUGAUCAGUUUGAUUGUGAACUUUUCUAUUAGCAGUUUUAAAAAAAUAUAAAAAACAUCUCAUGUGUUAAGUUUGUAUCGGUAUUUUCAUGAUGUUUUUUGAAUAAAUAGUGCUUUUUAAAACUUAAACAUAUAGAUACGCAAACACUAAGAUAUUGAAUUGAUUAAAUGUUCUAUUAUUCAUAAUAAAAGAAAAAUAAGUAUUAAUUCUGUCCAUUGGCAAAAGACAUUGACUAAAGUUUGUGUACAUGUACAGAAAAGGCCAAAGGGCAGAGUACAUCUCCAUGUGUCCUGUGUCCUUUCAUUGAUCCUGUCAAUAAACUGCCUCUUACUCAGCUUGCUGUUACCAAUAAAAGGAAACUGUAACUUUA